AUGCUGAGCAUAUGCAUAUAUGGGGCAGUGAUAAUCAACCCCUUCUACAAACCAUACAUUUCACAUUUGCACUAGGAGCAGUUCUCGCACCAUUGUUUACAGAGCCCUUCCUAGCAGAGAAAGAAACAGGAAACAGUACCAGUAGAACAGAUGGUGAACCUACAAUUUUUAUGAACUCAACAAGUCAGUGGAAACAAGAAAAUACAUCCAACAUGACAUGGUUAGCUACCAAUGGUACCAUGUUGGUAAAAGCAAGAACUACAAAUGUUCAUUAUGCAUUUCUUAUAGCUGGCAUCAUUGCCAUUGUAACUGCAUUUCCCUUUAUAGUUCUAGGUUUUAUAGGCAAGUCCAGAGAACACAAAUCUGAAGAGAACUACACUCAAAAACACAGCAGAAAACUUCCAAGACAUUUAAACAUAUUUGUUAUCUUAGCUUUAUGUGUUUUCUUUCAAAUUUAUGUCUGUAUAGAACAGUCAUUUUCAUCAUUCCUCAUGACUUUUGUUGUAUCUGACUUUGUAGAAGUUUCUAAGUCCAAAGGUGCCUACAUAACAACCAUCUUCUGGGCAUUAUUUGCUCUAGGCAGAUUUCUUACAAUUUUUGUAUCCAAAUACAUCUCAUCUGUCAAAUUAAUUAGUUUAUAUACAACUCUUAUGGUGAUCUCUUUUUUAAGUUUUACGGUAAGCGCUUCAUUUGCACAGAUUGAUGCGGUGACAGUUUUUACUGGUAUGGCUGGGAUCUCUAUGUCUGCCCUCUACCCAGCAGGAAUCUCAUGGGUAGAGUCAGAGCUGCUUAAAGUCACCAGCUGGUUUAUGACUUUUGUCCUCAUCGUUAGCUGUAUCGGUAUGAUGAUCAACCCACUUAUCAUUGGUUAUCUGAUGGAAGAAGUUUCCAACAUGUGGUUCUGUUAUGUUUUGUUGAGCCAAACUUUGUUGCUGUGUUGUAUUUUCCUAUUUCUCCUGUUGUUUAACAGAUGUUAUCUUAACAAAGUUUAUGGAAAAGUUGGAGAUAGUAAACUUUCAGAAACAGUUACAGAUAAACCAUUAAAGGAAACCGAAACUUUUUUGGAAAGUGACAUAUCGUUAAAAAAUAGUAAAACUAUUAAUGCAACAACUUAAAAUAGGAUAUGUUAAUGAUAAUUUGACACGUUAACAUUUGGGAUACAGGAAAUAAAUUUUUUUAGUACUUGCUUGUUAAAACAAA